UGUCGGGGGCUGGCGUGCCAAUAGCCAAUCUCCUCUACACAUGACACCGUGGCCAAUAUGUUAGGGUAUAUAAUUUUUUAAUUUUUUUUUUCUAAAAAAUAUUUUUUAAAGUUUUUGAUUGUAUAAUUUUUUUUAUCCAAAAACAUAUCUUUUUAUAAUUAAUCAGCCGACUAGAAUUAGUUGGUAAUUAGUAGUAGGACUAGUAAAUUACCUUACUGCAGAGAAAAAAUAAAAAAAAUAGGGGAAAUGUGGAUAGAGGUAGGACCCACACAUCGAAACAGUAAUAAUGGGUCGUCCGGCCCAUUUGUCACCGUCCGAUAGGUUAUAUCAUAUUCAACAUCUCUCACCUUUGACUCUCUCUCUCUCUCUCGUAGAAGAACAAGAACAACUCUCUCUGCUGAUUGCUGUACUUUGUUAUCUUACUUGUCUCGUUUUUCUCCAGCUCCUUAAAAAUUUCCAUCUUCCUCUACUGUUUUUUUUUUUAAUCUGAAGAGACCAGAGAGAGAUUUGGUAUGAGGCAGUUUCACUGAAAUCGAUCCUCCCUAAAAAAAUCUUUCUCAGUUCUCACCACUUCGAGAUAAAGAGAGUCGAUAUAUUGUGUUAUAAGGAAAAUAGUCAGUGAGGAUGACUAUGGCUGGUGGGAACGAAGUCAACCUAAACGAAUGCAAGAGAAUAGUCCCACUCAACACAUGGGUCCUCAUUUCCAACUUCAAGCUCGCUUACACUCUCCUCCGCCGUCCCGACGGCUCCUUCAACCGUCACCUCGCCGAGUUUCUCGACCGCAAAGUUCCCUCCAACUCUUUCCCCCUCGACGGUGUCUUCUCCUUCGACCACCUCGACUCCACCACCAACCUUCUCACCAGAAUCUACCUCCCAGCUCCCCUCGACCCCUCCCGUCACGGCACCGUCGACUUGACGGAGCCUCUCAGCACGACGGAGAUCGUCCCCGUUCUCAUCUUCUUCCACGGAGGUAGCUUCACUCAUUCCUCCGCCAACAGCGCCAUCUACGACACUUUCUGCCGACGGUUAGUGACUAUUUGCGGCGUUGUUGUCGUCUCUGUUGACUACCGGAGAUCGCCGGAGCAUCGUUACCCUUGCGCUUACGACGAUGGGUGGAAUGCUCUCAAAUGGGUCAAGUCCAGAAUCUGGCUUCGGAGUGGUAAAGACUCAAGUGUUUACGUUUACUUGGCUGGUGAUAGCUCUGGUGGCAACAUUGCUCAUAACGUUGCCGUGAGAGCUACCAACGAAGGUGUUAAAGUUCUUGGGAACAUUCUUCUUCAUCCUAUGUUCGGUGGAGUGGAGAGGACUCAGUCUGAGAAGAGACUUGACGGCAAAUACUUUGUCACUGUUCAAGACCGAGAUUGGUAUUGGAGGGCUUAUCUACCUGAAGGUGAAGAUAGAGAUCAUCCUGCUUGUAAUCCCUUUGGCCCUCGUGGUCAAAGCCUUGAAGGUGUCAACUUCCCCAAGAGUCUUGUCGUUGUUGCUGGUUUGGAUCUUGUUCAGGAUUGGCAGUUGGCUUAUGUCGAUGGUCUCAAGAAGACUGGUCACGAUGUUAACCUUUUGUAUUUGAAGCAGGCGACCAUUGGGUUUUAUUUCUUGCCUAACAAUGAUCACUUUCAUUGUCUUAUGGACGAGUUAAAAAAGUUUGUGCACUCCAUAGAAGAGUGUAGCCAAAGCAAGUCAAGUCCUAUUCUUCUGAGUCUAUAACAACACUAAGGUCUGCUCAUGUUGAUGCACUAUACAUAGCUAUGAUAAGUUUUCUUGUACAGUUUUCCACAAUUAUUGUGGAGUUCUAAGUCACGUUUUUAUGUGUUCAUUGGUCUCCUGAAGCAUCAUAAGUUGGGAUGUUGCACCGGAAGCAAAAACCAAUUCGGUUUGUCGGCAUAUAUCGGUUCAGGGCUAAACCGGGAGAUUGUACUUUGCUUGGUAGUAGUAGUAGUAGUACAGGAGGUAGUCUUUAAUUGGCUCUAAAGUACAGAUGGUAAAUUUACAAGACAACGAACUUGUCUUCAGUAUGCUGUGAAAAGAAAACUUAUCCUAGUACGGAUUUGUAUGUUUAUAUCAAUCAUGCUUUUAAUAGAAAGAAUAUGUAGUUGUGGUUCUAGUUUUUCACCUUCUUCAUGUAUUGAAGGUUUUUGCAUAUAAAAGAUAAAUCUUUCUUUAGAAAA